CCUAAAUUUGCUCACAAAUGCAACACCUUCCCCUGGUCCUGUUGGGUCCAUUGCCCAACACAGAGCUACCCCUGUUGGGCCCAGUGCCCAACAUCAAAUUGGCCCAGAGACUCCAAGUUUUGUUAUUCCUCCUGACAGCCUAUGUGUUUUUUGUGUCCUCAAAGACAGAGUUGCAGACCGUGUGUCCAGUCUGUGGCCAUAAUUUUCCUCCCGAUGACCUGGAGGAACAUGCAAGCGAGUGUGGAGAGAGCAAAGCUGACUUCAUUCCUUCAACUUCAUCUUCAGAACAAAAGAUGAGCAUUUCUAGCCUUGAUGAUGUCCUGCAGGCCAUCUCUGCUGCUGUUAACAAUGAGGAAGAAUUUCCUCUCACUGUAUCAAGAUCCCAUGUGGUGGAGCAGGACCUUGCUCGAUGGAAGGGACAAAAGAAGAUACCACAAAAUCUCAGGUGGGAUUUGAAGAGGGCGGUUGCAGCAUGCAAACCCAAGAAUAUUACUGAACUAGAGGCCAUUGCACAUGAGGAAUGGGCAAAGAUUCCUCAGAAACGCUGCCAGAAGCUGAUGGUGUCUGGUUAUACAUCUCAUUUGCAGCAGGUCGUAACAGCAAAAGGGUGUUCUACUAAGUUCUAA